GACUUCUCGUGGAAGGGGGGUGAACGUCAUGGUCAUGGUUUAUUUAUUCGGAGUAAAUAUUUAAAACACAAUUUUUGAUGUAAAACUGCAGUUAAAUGAGUGCACGUGCGUUUCAUACGUAAAUAAUGCACUAUUUGAGUAUGCGUGAUGGAAUGGUGGUGGAGCGGAGCGCAGGGGUACAACUAGGAUCUAGGACAGAAUUUGACAAUUUUUGCCUUUGGAUCUCAACGCAGAAAUCCUACCAACGUACUCUGUGAAACUGAGCAGUUGGCGCCCAACAAAUAUUUUUCAAAAUUUCCAACACAACAAGAUUAAAAGUUAAAAACCUGUUUUAGCCAAACAUGUCACAAACGAGGAUCCCAUCGAAAUCGACCACCACCACGGGGGAUCGGGAGGUGGAAAAUCUCAUAAAACAAAUCAUUGCCACCCACCUCCAACAAAUGAAGAUAAGUCUGGAAAUUGAAGACCUGUUGGAUGAUGGGCCAAUAAGCCGGGCUACGAUUAUCCACGAUUUUGCGGAACGAUUAAAUUACACAUUUACCAAGCAGAAACUACUUUACAAUUUCAUCAUUUACAAUAUCGGGUUGGCAUACAAAUUCGACGCAAUUCAGGGACAAGUCGGAUACGAGUCGUUUUCCGUGGGGGAAUCGCAGUGCGGAAUUUGGGUUUUUCAACAAGGCGUAUUUACCGGAAGGUAUGAGAAGAACACCUUUGUCCGUGGAGGGUACAACAGAGGGUGCAUUACCGGGAGAAAUGGCGAGAGGAUUUAUUUCGGAGUUCCAAACGAUGAGGGUGCGAAAUGAUUAAUGUUGAAAGGUGCUAUUUGAUGUACCUAGAGAAUAAAACAGAUUUCCAUGGAAAUG